GAAGAGAGUAUCAAAUUUCAACAUUAUUCCCAAUUUCUCAGUAUCAAAUUUCAAUCCCAGUCUCAGAAAUCUCGCUCCCACCGGCCACAGUGCCGGCUCCGGCCCUGUCUCGUUUCAACUCACCGAGUCACUCAGUAAACAACGCCCAUCGAUUGAAGGCUGCCAUUUCCGCAAACUCCAAAUUCUCUUCUCUGUGCAUAAUCGCAGCCCCUCGCUCAAUUUGCAGUGGCAAUUUGAGCAGACACUGGAAUUUCAAUUGAAAAUUGUACUUGAUGGGGCAUGUUGUGGCGUAAUCUAAUUUGCAGGAUCAAUAGUACAAGCGAAAGUAGACUUAUCGUCUGAGCUCGUAUGGAUUCUUCAAAUGCAGCUGAUGACACGAUUGACUCCCCGUCCUCAACAAAAAAUGUCUACAAGGAUCCAGAUGAUGGACGCCAACGCUUUUUACUUGAAUUGGAGUUUAUCCAGUGUCUUGCAAAUCCAACUUACAUUCAUUAUUUGGCACAGAAUCGCUACUUCGAAGAUGAAGCUUUCAUUGGUUAUUUGAAAUACCUUCAGUAUUGGCAGCGUCCGGAGUACCUAAAAUUUAUAAUGUAUCCGCACUGCUUAUACUUCCUCGAGCUUUUACAAAAUGCAAACUUCCGCAAUGCAAUGGCUCAUCCUGGGAACAAGGAAUUGGCACACAGACAACAGUUUUAUUUCUGGAAGAACUAUAGAAACAAUAGGCUGAAACAUAUUUUACCCAGAUCUCUUCCUGAACCUGGUCCUGAACCUCCAGCUUCAACUGCUGCCCCACCACUCCUACCGCCUGCUGUUCCUCCAACUUCUGCUCCUUCUCCUGCUCUUUCUGCUAUGCAGUAUUCAAUACCCCCUGCAUCUGGUGUUGCAAAGAAUGAUACAAGGAACAGUGGCAUUGAUCGAAGAAAGAGAAAGAAAGAAGGGUGAGCACCUUGCUUGCUGGCUAUGUACUGUUGGAUUGAUUCAUAUCUUUCUGGGAAGCAGGAGUAUGGUACGACUUUUUAUCAUCAAAGGUUAAACCAUCACUUCAUUUCUGUUGUACUAGCUUAUCAAAUCUUGCCUUUUUGGCUUUUUCGUCAAUUUAAUAUUAUGACUGUUUUUAAUAUCAGAUUUUACUAAUUUUCAGAAAGUAGACUUUACAUUAUCUUCAACAGAUUAAAAGAUGAAUGUUUUUUCUGUUUAUAUCAGUUAUAAUUAGAUUUUAUUGA